AAUACAAAAAAUGUAUAGUAAAGGUUCAACAGUAUAUAAAUCAUUUGAUAUUGAAAUCAAAGCGAUGAUUUAUCGAUUAAAUCCAAAUAAUAUACGAAAAGGUGAUGCUAGAUAUUUUAAAGAAAGAUUAAAUGUGUUAAUAAAAAAAAUCAAAGAAUUUAGAAUAUUAGUUCGACAAACUUAUAAUUCUAUACAAAGAGCAGAAAAUGAUGGAAAUGAUACAGUAAAUUAUAUUUCUGAUGAGUUAAAAAAAGUCAUUACUUUUAAUAUAGAUGAUGAUGAAGAUAUUGUAGGAAUUAAAAAAGAACUUGGCGGUAUUAAUAAUAUUUUAAAUCAUUUACGUGAAAAUUAUAGUAAUUUAGAUAAGAUGGAAAAAAUUUUAAAGGAUUAUGAAAAUAAAUUAACAGAUAUUUAUGAUGAACUUGAUGAUAGAUAUGAUGGUAUAGUUGAAUUUACUAAAGAAGGUCUUGAAUCUUUAAAAUUUAUUGAUAAUAAUUUAAAGGAUAGAUUUGUAGACGUUGUACAUGUAUAAUGUAGUGACGUCAUUAAAUUACUGAUAUAUGUAUAUAAUAAAGCUAUAAUUAGUUAAAUAAAAAGUUGUGCGACAGUUCGUCCUUUUCUCUUUU